AUGGCUGCUCCUGGUAAUAUGCAUAAUCUCACCACCUUAAUCAAAAGGAGUCGCACGGCUCUAUAUGCGCCAGGGGAGCACUUCUCGACUAACAACUGGUGCCUGAACAGGCUGGAAGCUGCCACUUCGAGACUUGAGGACAUUGCAACUUCAGUAGAUGGGCCUCUUAGUUCUUCGAAUGGACUCUCUGCUGCCUCAGGGGCAACCUCGACCGCCGCCGCCGCCUCCCCUGAACCUGCUGCCCCCCCUCCCGAACCGUUACCCAGGUCUGUCGAAGCCUUCGAUGAAAUUAUUGAACAGGAUAUCGAUGGCUUUGUAAAAGCAGCGGAGAAUAUUGGGGGACUGGUCGAGCAACAGGCAAAAGCUGUCAAAGAAGCAUUCGCCGCUGAACGGACAUACCUGCUGGUGGCUUCCAAGGCCAAAAAGCCCGACAACCAGCCUCCUGAGCUGAUGACGGAAUUGCACCGACACACCUCGAGUGUAGACGAGAUUCGAGAGGCCAACCGUCCAUCACCUCUGUUCACCCACCUCAGCGCCGUAUCGGAGGGCAUUGUUGCACUGGGAUGGAUUGUGGAAAAGAGACCUGGCGACUUCGUAACGGAUACACUUGGAGGCGCCCAAUAUUAUGGUAACAAAAUACUUAAGGAGUAUAAGGACAAGGACAAGUCGCACGUCGAGUAUAUCCAGGCUUAUUACAAGAUUUUCCGAUCACUUGCCGCUUACGUCAAGGAGUAUUUCCCGACAGGUUUGACGUGGAACAACAAGGACGGAAUCGACGCUGUUGCCGUUCUCAAGCAGAUACAGGCCGGUGCAUCAGCCUCAAAGGCGCCCGCUGCUGCUGGAGGUCCGCCGCCUCCUCCUCCACCGCCACCACCGUUGCCUAAGUUCGACGAUGACGGUCCUCCUCCUCCUCCUCCCAUGCCACCAUCUGGUGGUGCCGCCCAAGGUGGAGAUAUGACGGCCGUCUUUGAACAGUUGAAUAGAGGGUCUGCCAUCACAGCCGGUCUCAAGAAAGUGGACAAGUCCCAAAUGACUCACAAGAAUCCAUCUCUUAGAGGCAGUUCGUCUGUACCUCAACGGUCUGAUUCAGGAUCAUCUGCUGGUCGUGGCAAGUCACCACUACCUAACAAAAAACCUGAUAGCAUGAGGGCUAAGAAGCCUAGCCGAAAGGAGCUUGACGGGACCAAGUGGAUUGUGGAAAAUUUUGAAAACACUCAGUCCGAAGUUAUCGAGAUUCCGGCAGAACUGAAUCACAGCAUCUUGAUCUCAAAAUGCAACAAAUGUGUGUUGAAAGUCAACGGCAAAGCCAACGCGAUUUCCAUUGAUAACUGCAAUGGCCUUUCCAUAUUGGUUGACUCCCUGGUAUCGAGUCUUGACGUCAUCAAGGCAACGAAGUUUGCGGUUCAGGUUGAUGGAGUGGUGCCGACUUUGCUUCUGGAUCAAGUGGAUGGUGCUCAAAUUUACCUGUCGAGCGAGAGUCUAGCCACUGAGAUCUUCACCAGCAAAUGCAGUGCUUUGAAUGUUGUCAUCCCCCCGAAAGAUGACUCAGAUGAGGAUAGCAAGGAGGUUCCUGUCCCGGAACAGAUCCGAACCGUUGUGAAGAAUGGAGGACUGGUGAGUGAGAUUGUGGAGCAUGCCGGUUGA